AUGAAUGCUCCCAAAGCAGCCUACAGCGUUGGUGCCUCUUGGCUCCAUUGGGCCACUGCAAUUCCCUUGAUUGGCUGUGUGGGAACCGUUCUCAAGGCUCAAGAUGCGCCCAAGUCGGAAAAGGGCACGUGGAUGCAUCGCCACAAGAGUCUGGGCUUGUUGACUGGCAUGAUUGUGCUUCCUCGUGUGGCCUACCGUUUGGGGAACAUGGCAGCGUACAAAGUCAAGGGUAUCCCAGGAGUAUCCGAUGUAGAACACAAGGCCGCCAGUUUGACCCACUAUGCACUCUAUGGCUUCAUGACCGUCAUGCCUGCCACCGGCAUUGCCAUGGGAUACUUUGGUGGCAAGGGACUUCCUUUCUUUGGCACCACAUUCGGUGGAAUUGUGAGCACAGACGACACGAAAGCCCGAAAUGGAUCCAUUGCCAAGAAUAGCUUCAAAAUCCACAAGCAAUUGGGAACCUAUGGAAAGUUCGUGGUUCCCUUGCAUGUUGCCGGAGCCUUUCAGCACUUUUUCCGAGGACACACAAUCUUUGCCCGCGUCAACCCUUUCCGUGGACCACCCAAACACUAG